CGAUUCAGAAUCUCAGCAUACCAGAAACGACGACGUUUCUAGAGAUAGCUAGUUACGCGCCUGUGCCAUUUCGACCCCUUUCGCUUAGUGGCGUGUAGCCUUGUCGACUAGCUCAGUAUGUCAGACGUAAAGUCCCUGAAGCUGCGAGCUGGGAUCUGUAAACGGCUGCUGAAAGAGCUGAAGUCGUACGAGACAGAAGUUGAGAAGGACGCCGCGAGAGUAGAGGAGAUGAAAGCGAGCGGAGCCGACUCCCACGACAUUAAACAGCAGGAAAACGUUCUGGCGGAAUCGCGCAUGAUGGUCCCUGACUGUCGCAAGCGACUAGAAGCAGCAUACUACGACCUCGAGUCUACUGUGGACGGAGCACGGGAUGACACCGCUUUAGUAGAUACUAGCGAGUUCAAGGAAGCACUAGAGAUCUUGGCAGAGGCUUCUCAAGUGGUUGGAUGAAGCUUUUUACGGCUUGGGGGUUUUCCGAAGGCUUGGGAGUAGGUAGCAGUCCGUGCGACCCCAACAACCUUGCACGGACACACGAGUUGAAGGGAGAUCCUGGCAGAGGCUUCUGAAGUGGUUGGAAAAAGCUUUCCACAGCUUGGUUGCAGCAGCCCACACAAUCUUCCUCUUAUAUCAAGUCACAAGCCUCUUUCGCA